GUUCUUUUUCUUUAGGUCUAUGCUAAUCUCUUAUUCACAUUGGAGGUUGUUGGGGUUGGACACGAAGGGAACUCCUGAACCCGGCUAAUCUGGGAAGCCCUUAUCAUCAAAGCUUGGAUGGUUUCGGAUCAUAAUUCUAUGUUUUCCGUCUUUGACCCAGAUGAUGGAUAUGGAGUACUGACUCAGGUUUGCAAGGUUCACAAGGUGAAAAGAAACCCAGAACUGCAGUUUUAAAGAACUGCCCCAACUGAUAAGGAGCAGCUGAACCUUGACUAGGUAGGUUUGCUGGCGGAAAUGAUAAGAAGCAUAGCAAAAAGAUGGCGGACUCUAAGCGGACAGGAUGACUGGAAGAACCUCCUGGACCCUCUUGAUAUUGAUCUCCGACAAUACAUUAUUCACUAUGGUGAAAUGGCUCAGGCAACCUACGACACUUUCAAUAGAGAGCUGAAGUCAAAAUUUGCUGGAAGUAGCAUAUAUUCAAGGCGGAACCUAUUCUCACAAGUUGGUUUAGCCAAACCCAACCCUUAUACAUACACGCCUACCAAGUAUUUAUAUGCCACAUCUGAAAUCAAGGUUCCAACAGCAUUUAUUUUGAAACCAAUUCCAAUUGACGCUUGGAGCAAGCAAUCGAAUUGGAUAGGGUACGUUGCGGUGGCCACAGAUGAGGGAAAGACUGCAUUAGGAAGGAGGGAUAUUGUGGUUGCAUGGAGAGGAUCCGUCCAGAUAGUGGAAUGGCUUAAAGAUUUUGAUUUCCCCUUGGCAUCAGCUUCCAUGAUAGUUGGGGAGAAGGGUAAUCCUUAUGCGCAUAGAGGUUGGCUUUCUAUCUACACUUCUCAUGAUCCCAAGUUACGGUUUAACAAACAAAGUGCGAGGGAUCAGGUUUUGUCCGAGGUGAAGCGGCUGGUGGACAAGUACAAGGAUGAAGAAAUCAGCAUAACUAUUACUGGACACAGCUUGGGUGCAGCGCUUGGAACACUAUGUGCAGCUGGCAUUGUUGCAAACAAAUUUAACAAGCCCAAAGACAAGCCCCAAAAGUCCUGCCCGGUAACCGCCUUUCUGUUUGGCAGUCCCCGUGUUGGAGACUUGAACUUCCGAAAUGUGUUGUUGUCUCUGGAAAAUCUUCACCUUAUACGAGUGACCAAUGUGCCAGAUAUAGUUACUACCUUGCCACCGGAGGGAUAUUACUCAGAAGUUGGACAAGAGCUAGUCAUUGACACCCGAUUUUCAAACUUCUUGAAGCUUCCUGGAUGUUAUGAUACCUGGCAUAGCUUAGAGGCCCAUCUGCAUGGAGUUGCAGGAACACAAGGGAGCAAAGGAGGAUUCCAUUUGGAAGUAGAUCGCAGUAUUGCACUUGUGAACAAAAUGCUAGAUGCUCUGAAGGAUGAAUAUCCAGUGCCUGCUUCUUGGUGGUGUAUGAGGAAUAAAGGGAUGAGGCGACUGGCUGAUGGUUCUUGGGAGUUGAAGGAUCAUGAGAAAGAUGAUAAUAAGCCUUGAUCAUAACUCAUUUGGCUAAUUGGUUAAAUAAUACUCCCAAUUUUCAUUUUAGGUUGUUUCAGUCCAGUAUAAACUUCCAAGCUAGUAAAUGUUUUUCCCCUUGUUGCUUUGUGGUUAUUGCAAUAGCCCUAAAAUCCCCUCAGGAAUGUGAGGUCUAAGAAAAAUC